GCCAUUUUGGCUCAGUUUCUUCCUGAACUUUUGAAGCUUCAUCAACUUCAAUCGGAAUUGAGAAUUAAACAACCAUGGGUGCUUGUUUGGCACUGGGUUCCCUUGCUAGUUGUGCGUCCUGUCUGUGCGGCUCGGCCUCCUGCCUCCUGUCAUCAUGCUGCCCGUCGACGUACAACUCCACCAUAAGCCGGCUGGCCUUCUCCUUCCUGCUGCUGCUCGGGACGAUGGUUUCUGUCAUUAUGAUUCUGCCUGGCAUGGAGGAGCAUCUUAAAAAGAUUCCAGGUUUCUGUGUUGGUGGCUCUUACAUACCCAGCGGGAACAAGGUGAACUGUGAUGUCAUUGUGGGCUACAAAUCGGUGUACCGUAUGUGCUUCGCCAUGGCCUGCUUCUUCUUCCUCUUCUCCAUCAUCAUGAUCCGUGUUCGCAGCAGCAAGGACCCCCGAGCCUCCAUCCAAAAUGGUUUCUGGUUCUUUAAGUUUCUCAUGCUUAUUGGCAUAACUGUCGGAGCCUUCUUCAUUCCAGAUGGCAUCUUUACUACAGUGUGGUAUUACUUUGGCGUUGUGGGCUCCUUCAUCUUCAUCAUCAUCCAGCUCAUCCUGCUGGUGGACUUCGCCCACUCCUGGAACCAGGCGUGGCUGGAGAAAGCAGAGGAGGGAAACAGCAAGUGCUGGUUUGGAGCUCUCCUGACCAUCACCAUUAUUAACUUCGCCCUGGCUUUCACUGCUGUCGUUCUCUUCUACGUCUUUUACACCCAACCAGACGGCUGCACGGAGCACAAGGUCUUCAUCAGCCUCAACUUCCUGUUCGGCAUCGUUGUGUCCGUCGUGGCGAUUCUGCCCAAAGUCCAGGAGGCUCAGCCCAGCUCAGGUCUUCUUCAGGCCUCCGUCAUCUGCCUCUACACCAUGUACAUCACCUGGUCAGCCAUGACCAACAACCCCAACAAGCAGUGCAACCCCAGCCUGUUGAGUUUGGUCCAGCCCAACGGUCCUACUCUCCCUCCAGGAGUUCCUGCUCCCACUCCAGCCCCUGGAAACGUCCAGUGGUGGGAUGCACAGGGCGUCGUGGGACUGAUCAUCUUCUUGUUCUGUACUCUCUAUGCCAGCAUCCGCUCCUCAAACAACUCCCAGGUGAACAAGCUGAUGCAGACCGAGGAGGGCCAGGGUCUGACCGCUAAUAUUGAGUCUGCGACAGGAGAGGACGGGGUCCGGCGAGCCGUCGACAACGAGGAGGACGGAGUCACCUACAGCUACUCCUUCUUCCACUUCAGCCUCUUCCUGGCCUCGCUCUACAUCAUGAUGACUCUCACCAACUGGUACAAGCCUGACACCGACUACAAGGUGAUGCAGAGCAGCAUGCCGGCCGUGUGGGUGAAGAUCUGCUCCAGCUGGCUCGGCUUGGGCAUCUACCUGUGGACCCUGGUGGCCCCGCUGGUGCUCCCUGACAGAGACUUCAACUAGAUGCACUGAAAUCUGACAUCUGAUCACCAACCUCUUGCUAUUUGCACCUUGUAAAAAGAUAGCUUUAGCUUCCAAUGGAUCUGCUUGGUUUGCUUACAAUUGCACAUUUAGUGAUUAGCUUAAAAUUGAUUUUGUGGCUGGAGCUGAAAUUUGUAUUUUUUUCUAAGAAGGAAGAAUAAUAGGAGUUGAGCUUUAACGUCACUGUCUAGCUUUUCCAUCUCAUGCCACUCCCCCCCCUCCGAUACUGUUACACAUAUGCACUACAUACCAGGACCAAAUGCAUCUUAAGUAAUCCUUUUGAGGGGUUCACGCUUUUGCUUCGUUUCACAACAUCUUGUUUUUCCAUUAUCUUCACAGGCAUACAAAUGAUUGAGUUUUUUUUUAAAUUGCAUCCCUUUGUUGUAAUGCCCAGUUUUUAUAUCUAAAGUGCCUUUUUAUCAUGUUUUGCUAUUCAAAGAGAUUACUGAUAUAUCUUUACACAUUUAGAUGAGAGAGUCAUGUUCCAAGUUGAUUUCUCAAAGUGCCCUGUUUGUAUGUUUUCAUUACAAUCAAUAAAGAGGAUAUCCUGAUCGUCUUAAA